CAGUCCAAUGCAAAAGCAGUACCGGAUUUGCGUAAAAACCACUUGAUUGCUUCACCUUCCUCAGCUCUCUCUCUCUCUCUCUCCAUAACUUGAUUUCUAAGUAUGAUUUAGUCCUCUUCUCUUUAAAUCAUCGUAAAAACGUUUCUUGAUUUCUCCUCUCAUUCGAUAUAGGAAAAUAAAUAAUAUAUUUUUAUACCCACUUCUUAUACUUUCUAUAUACAGGCACAAAUAUAUAUAUAAUUUUUUGUUUAUAUAUAUAUAUAUGUCCAAAUUGUGCAGUGACCUUCCUUCUCAGUGGAAGCUUCAAGUUUUCAUUUGGCAAGCUUGCAUUGUUCCCUCUGUAACAUUGUAUAGUCUUUAAGGCUAAAAAAGAAAGAAAAAAAAAUGGGAAGGCAUUCUUGCUGCUUGAAGCAAAAAUUAAGGAAAGGUUUAUGGUCACCUGAAGAAGAUGAGAAGCUCUACAAUUACAUUACCAGAUUUGGUGUUGGUUGCUGGAGUUCUGUUCCUAAGCUAGCUGGUUUGCAAAGGUGUGGAAAGAGUUGCAGACUUAAGAGAGGAAUGUUUUCACAGCAAGAAGAAGAUCUUAUAAUCAGGCUUCAUGAAGUUCUGGGUAACAGGUGGGCUCAAAUUGCAGCACAGUUACCAGGAAGAACGGAUAAUGAGAUAAAGAAUUUCUGGAAUUCUUGCUUGAAGAAGAAGCUUUUGAAGCAAGGAAUAGACCCAUCAACUCACAAGCCAUUAAGUGAAGUAGUAGUACAAGAAGUGAAAGAAGAAAAGAAUUGUAUAGAUAAAGCAUCUCUGCAAAUACCAGUACACUCAAGCUUCGCAACCCAGGAACCGACAUUUCUUAUCAACGAAACUGCCACUUACUAUAGCAGUAAUGAUAACGGAUUAACAGAAACUUGCUCUUCAAGAGAGCAAUUCAAUAUCAACAAACAAGCCUAUGAUCCUUUAUCCUACUUCGACUUCCCGGCAAAUGGGUAUAACUCAGGUCUCAAUCAAAAUCAAUUUGAAACAAGUACGAACUUUGCAUUUACUUCAAUGCCAAGUCUAACAAGUUUCGAUCAUGGAAGCAUGGGCGCGACAGAUUUUUCUGAUAAUUCAGUUUCAGGACUGAGUUGUAUGUUUUUGAGCGAGGCUAAAGAGAACUCUAGCAACAGCUCAAAUAUAUGCAAUUACACAGCAGGAUACAAUCAGAUGAAUAGUAAUGCAGGUUUCUCAUGGGAUGCUGAUAACAAAAUCGAGUCAUCGACUUUUCAGUUUCCGGUGAAUGGAAACAAGACGGAAGAAUUAAAACUGAGUCCAUGGCAAGAAGGGUCAAUUCAUACUCAGAAUUCAGUAGAUUUCAGUAGCUAUCCAUUAACGUCGCUAUCAGAAGAUCUAACAGGAGCAAAUUUUGGUGCUUUCCACCAGAUAUGAACUGUAAAUUCAUUCUUUUUUUACCUCUCUUUACAUUUCUUUAAACACAUACACGAGAUGUUGAUAGUACAGGAGUGUGGGAAUUUUUUCUUUAAAAAAUCCUUCCUUUUUCUUUUGUUAACACUAAGCUGAUAUUUUCUUUGGAUUUAAUAUGUGUUUCUUCUCGUUCUUUUUCUUUUUCUUUUUCUUGGUGUAUUAAUUUGUUUCCACCUGAACAGUUGAAAUAAUGUAAUUAAAAAUUUCUAGAGUGAAAACUAAUCUUGUGGUCUUAA